AUGACUCCUUCCUCCUCUACGCUAACACUGUUACUGUGCAUUUCAUUGAACACGGUUGCUACGGUAACGCAACAAACUGUCAUGGCGUCCCUGUUGACAGACCCGCUGUUUGAAACCUCUGGACGUGGUCCCUCAACAAAUAAAAACUACUAUAACUGUGUUGUUACCAAGAACGACGUGAUUUGGAGAUGGUGGAUGAUAUCUCCCCGAGCUGUAUACAGACUUUCAAAGCCCGGCCAACUGAUCAUGUCACAUGAAGACUUCCUGGAUGACAGCAGACUACAAAAUGAGCUCCGCACAAUUUUUGGCUAUGGUGCUUUGCAGUACGCCAAGGCUAUAUGCCAGGGCCAUUUUGAUUACCUUGCACGUCUCCCUGACUCCUUACUCCUGCGGAUCGUCAACUAUCUGGAGUUAGAGGAUGUGGGUCAACUUGGACGAACUUGCCGCAGGUUUAGGCAGUUAUGUGCCUCAGAGGAGUUCUGGGAGCAGGCAGUUCGGAGGUGCUGCAAAACACUUUCUCCCGGGGUUCCUGCCCUAGCGCGAGAAGUGGGUUGGCGGGACAUCUUCUUCACCAACAAGCUACAAUUGCAGAAGCUCAUCAACCGCCGGCGGCUGAGAGCCGAAGAGGAGGAGGCCAUGCUGACCGCCGAGAAGAGGUCAGAGACAUCUUGUCCCGAGCUAAAACCAGUCCCUGUGGUGGAACAAACAAUGGAAGGAUCAGGGAACUAAAAAAAAGGUUAUCCAUUCCAUAUUUUGCAGAGUGUUGUAUUAAUUUUUCAUGCAUGCAAUUUACAUCAAAUAUUCAUUUAAGUCUUUGGCAGUAUGAUUUGAAUAGAUAAUUUGUCGAACGUUUUUGCAACAAUUGCUAAUGGAUACAGGAUGCCAUUUACAUCUAAAUUAAAUGAGGAGCCACAUUUUUGUUACAUUACUACUGUAUAUGAGAGGCUAACUACUGCCAAAUAAAAAUAAUGAAUACCUCCCAAAAGUGA